AUGUCUAAAGCAACUGUUGUCUCUGCUCCCGGAAAAGUUCUAAUUGCAGGCGGCUAUCUUGUUCUCGAUAGAGAGUAUGAAGGCCUUGUUAUAGGAGUAGAUGCGAGAUUUUACACCAUUAUUAAACAAGGAACUUACGAUUCCUUUGGAAAAGUUGUUGUAAGGUCGCCACAAUUCCUAAAUGCAAGUUGGGAAUACGCGUAUAUUUAUGCGUCUUCCGAACUCGAAAGCAACGACAGCGAUAAUAAAAACCCGUUUGUUGAAAUUGCUAUUAAAUACUCUUUAGCAAUUAUUUCAAGACGCGUUUCUACCGAGAAGUUUAAAGAGAAACUGCGGAAUGGACUAGACAUUUAUAUUGUUGGCGAUAAUGACUUUUAUUCUCAACGUGAGCAGCUCAAUAAGCUUAAUCUUCCUCUUACUGCUUCCUCGUUAAGAUCUUUGGACUCUUUCUGUAAAUUGAAUACCACGUUAAAGGAAGUACAUAAAACUGGGUUGGGCUCUUCUGCAUCCAUGAUAACAUCACUUGUUGCCGCCUUAUUUAUUAAUUUCGAGGCUAUUGAUAUUGCGGCCGAAAAUGAGGAAAAUGCAUACGGUCGAACUUUAAUACACAAUGUCGCGCAAUUUUGUCACAGUUUGGCGCAAGGAAAAGUUGGUUCAGGAUUUGAUGUUUCCUCUGCUGUUUGGGGAAGUCAUGUUUACCGACGUUUCUUGCCUGGCAUAUUAAGCUCGAUUAUGUCUAAUACAUCCAAUUUUGAACAUAUUUACAAAAUCGUUUCCCCGGAAAAUAAAUGGGAUAAUUUGGUUACACCUUUUUCUCUUCCGCCCGAGUUUAUACUAGUUUUAGCUGAUGUUGAUGCCGGAUCUCAUACCCCAAGUAUGGUAGGAAAAGUAUUAGCGUGGCGUAAGAAUAACUUGGAUCGAGCGAAUUCUUUAUGGACAAAACUUGGCACCUAUAAUAAUUCUAUUGUUGAAAAUAUGCAUAAAUUAUCUGAAAUAUAUGCCCAUGAUCCCUCAACAUAUACUGUCGGGAUUAACUUAGGAUCCCUUUCAAAAGGGUCUGAACUUCCCCGCCUUGCCGAAAGAAAUUCUGAAAACAAAGUUAUUCAGCUUCUUUCCGGCAUAUAUGUAUCGUUCCAGACGAUUCGUGAACUUUUACGUGAAAUGUCCACACAAUCUGACGUCCCUAUUGAACCUCCGAUGCAAACUCGGUUACUGGAUGCUUGCAUGGAAGUACCAGGUGUAUUAAUGGCAGGCGUCCCCGGAGCUGGCGGAUUUGAUGCGAUCUUCUGUAUUACUAUUAGCCAAGCUGCAAUAGAUGGCAUAGAACGAGUAUGGAAUACAUGGGAGGAGAUGAGUGUUGCUCCAUUGUUGACGCGUGCUUCUUCCAAAGGUUUCAUUAAAGAGAAUUUGGAUGAUCAUGCGAGAUUGAAGGCAUUCUUACGAUAA